ACGCCGUUGGCUCGUCGAGUGAGAGCGGGCACCCGCCGCUCCGAGCCGGGGUAGCGGAGCCGAGCGUCCCCUCAAUCCCGCCCGCCACUGCGCGGGAGCGUGACUGGCACCUGGGGCCGCGCGGCACACGGCGAGCCGUUGCUCCGCCUCCUCCUCCACUUUCUCCUCCUCUUCCUCCUCCUCCUCGUCUUCCUCCCUCUUUCUCUUCGCUUCCUAUAUUAGCUUCUCAUCUCCUCUCCCUCUUCGCUCCUCUCCUCCCGCUUACUCUUGCGUGCUUGGUCUCGCUGCGCUGUGGGGGACACGGGGGCAGGAGCGUGGCCUGCCGCCGCCAUGCAGAUCACACUGAAAACGCUGCAGCAGCAGACCUUCCGCAUCGACAUCGACCCUGAGCAGACGGUGAAGGAACUGAAAGAGAAGAUUGAGUCAGAAAGGGGGAAAGAUGCUUUUCCAGUAGCUGGCCAAAAACUGAUUUAUGCAGGUAAAAUCCUUAAUGACGAUACUGCUCUUAAGGAAUACAAAAUAGAUGAGAAGAACUUUGUGGUUGUUAUGGUGACAAAAGCCAAAGCAGCAACUGGAGCAAUGCAGCAGUCAAAUGCUACUGCUGCCACUAGCUCAACGACUGUAGCUCCCACACCAGUCACUGCACCAGUCCCUGAUGCUGCCCCUGUACCAGCUCCUGCUCCUCUACCACCAGCACCAGAUGUAGUUGCCUGUGAAUCAGAACCUGUGAAUGAUCCUAAAGAAGAGAAGCUAGCAGAAGAACUACCUGAGGCACCAGCUGCUGUCAGUCCAUCGUCAACUGACAGUACAACAGGUGAUACAUCUCGAUCAAAUCUUUUUGAGGAUGCUAUAAGUGCACUUGUGACAGGUCAGUCCUAUGAGAAUAUGGUGACUGAGAUCAUGUCAAUGGGCUAUGAACGAGAGCAAGUAAUUACAGCGCUGCGGGCUAGCUUCAACAAUCCUGACAGAGCAGUGGAAUAUCUUUUAAUGGGCAUACCCAGAGAUAAUCAGGCUGCGGCUGAACCCCCUCCUCCAGCAGCAAGCAGUGGUGCCUCUCAGUCUUCAGCAGUGGCAGCAGCUGUAGCAACUAUACCUACAACUACCAGUUCAUUGGGAGGACAUCCACUUGAGUUUUUACGAAAUCAGCCUCAGUUCCAGCAGAUGAGACAAAUUAUUCAGCAAAAUCCUUCUCUGUUACCAGCAUUGCUACAGCAGAUUGGAAGGGAGAACCCUCAAUUACUGCAGCAAAUAAGCCAACACCAGGAACACUUUAUUCAUAUGUUGAAUGAGCCAGUGUUGGAGUCUCGCCAAGGUUUAGCUGGCAGUGAUGAUGGUGCCAGCACUGGAGGACUAGCAGAAGCUGGAAAUGGUCACAUGAACUACAUUCAAGUAACACCUCAGGAAAAAGAAGCUAUAGAAAGGUUAAAGGCAUUAGGAUUUCCUGAAGGACUUGUGAUACAGGCGUAUUUUGCUUGCGAGAAGAAUGAAAACUUGGCUGCCAACUUUCUUCUACAACAGAACUUUGAUGAAGAUUGAGAGACACUUUCUUGUUUCACAUCUCACACCAGUGCAUUACACUAAAUUUGCUCACUCGAUUGUCUGGGAUUUUGGGCUUACAUUCAUAAUGCUUGGUGUAUGGUAUGUGGGGAGGGGCAAAGAAGAUAAUAUAGGCAGCAGAACAAAGAAAGCAGCAAAUGUGUCUGCUUUAAAUUAGCAGAUGCAAAAUUAAAAAUAAUAUACAACCAAAAAUCAGCUCCUGCAGACAAUUAUUUUCCUCUCUAAACUGUAGGUUGACUUUUUCUAGGUGUUCAUUCUUACCGUGUACUAGUUCCAGCAAUGUAGUGUAAUGCCCUGCUUCAUGUUCCUUUCUACUUAGUAUUGGUAUGGGAAGUAGCCUGUGCUACUAGGUUCUACAAUCUGUAUUUUGUGGCAACACUGGAUAGCAGCUGUGUGAAAUCUAAAAGAUUGAGCAAAUGUAAACAUGAAUGCCAAAAUAAUAGGUAGUUAUUUUGCUUUUAAGGUCUUUUAAGGCAGUGCAAGAAACACAGUAUUCGCUUAAUGCUGGAUUAAAGUAAUGUUGGCUUUUUUUCCAAAUGAAAACCCAUUUCAAUUAAAAGUGUCUUGAUCAUUGAGAAACACCACACCCUUCUUUGCCCCUCUCAAAUGAUCUGAGAAGCUAUAUGCAUACAGGUAAAAUUACUAUCCUGUUUACAUCUUUUGUUUUGCAGAACUACUAUUCACCUCAAUGUUAUGUUGCAGUAAAAGUUUUCAAAACAAGUAAUUGCAUGUUUGGUUUUGUUAUAUGCACUCUUGUGAAUUGAAUAUUCUUUUUUUCUGCCAGCAAACAAAAUGCAAGCUUCAUUUUUGUUCAACCAGCUUUUACAAUACAGUUGUAAGCAUAGGAAGAUAUUUGCAUUCUGUUGCUCUUGAGUAGGUUGUAAUGCUCAAGCUAUUUCUGUUCAGUAAAGACUUUCUUGGAUUUAGUCACUUUAUGAGGAAGAUAGCUUCAUUACUGGAGGUAUCAAGCGAACAGUCAAUCUAUUCCAGCCCAAAAAAAUCUGCACUCAUUAAUACCUUUAAUUGAAAAUAAGCUCUAGUUACAGAGUUUUGAAUCUUACCUCUUGGUACCUACUUGUCAUAUAUUUUGUUCAGUCAUCAUAAAAUGUAAGAAUCUUCCUUCUAAUACAUUGAAUUUUGGAGACAAUUUUGCCCGUCAUUGCAAUGCUAACAAUGAAAACAAAUUCUAGUUUAAUCUAAAGCUAUUAUCUGCAAUAUUUCUUAAACACAGCUUGGGGAUAUUUUGUGGUUUUACUGUUGUACUCCAGUUACCUGGAUUACAGAUUUAUCUCUACAGUAACCACGAAAGUAUUAGUGGUACAGCACAGAGAUGUUGUACCACUAAUGAUAUUAACCAUUUAGUGGUAUAACUAAAUAAUUAUUUUCUGCUUAGGUUAUGUAUCAGUGGAUUAACUACUUAACUGCUACUUAUGCUCAAAGUACAAGUCCAAGUGUCUUGAGAAAAGAAGAUGAAAAAUGCUGAAAUGUCUGUAUUUGUUUCUUCAUUGUUGUCUGUAGUCUGUUAAAUAAUUAUCUGCACAAAAUAGUGAAAUGUAUUAAAGCCUUUUACUUUUUCUUUCUAUCCUUAGACAUUUGUGAUGUUUUUUCUAGAUAGUGUUUCAGUAAUUCAGAUUUUAUUCUUUUAAAAUUUCAUAGGUAUGUAAUGUCUAAGUAGUCAGUAGUACAACCCAAAUCUAUCAGUAGAAGGUAUCAUAUCACUAAAUAGAAAAUUAAGUCUUUCAUAAUGCUUUGAUUUUAGAGAAGUUAACAUUAAUACCUGAAUCAACCAGUAGAUUUCUGCUAAUUAGGAUUCUCAGUAUAUUUAUGGACUGGAAGAGAUUAAUUUUGUUUUAAUGCUGGGCAGGCAAAAAGGUGUUAUAAGUAAAAGGACCAACUGCCAGGUACUUGAAAAAUGCCAAAUUGAUACAAGAACUUCUUGAAUGUACUUUGCUACAUAGCUAAUAGCUAAGCAAAAGUUUUUUUGUUUGUGGGACUCUUCUGUGCUGAUCAAAUUGUUAUCAGAAAUAACCAUUCCUUCUCUAGAAGUAUGGAGAGUAAAGCACGAAUGUCUGUGGGUGUUUCAGUGGGCUCCCUCCAAUUUUGAUUCUGAAAUAUAUUUGAAUUAAAGACUGUUGAGCUUGAUCUUUGUAAAA